GCUUUUGCAAAAUCCGUAUCCCUCACUUGUACGCCAUGGCAAAAUCAGACAAGAAGGCUGACAAGAAGGUAGCAGAUAAGGCUAAGGCUGCCAAGCCAGCCGCCGCUUCCCCCGCAAAGGCAAAGUCGCUAGCGUCAUCCAAGGAAACCCUGGCCAAGGCUAAAGUGCUCAAAGCAUCGAACGGGAAGACUCCCGUUAAACGUGCCAAAGAUGAAUCGUCCGACGAGUCAUCAGACUCCUCUUCGGGUGAGGAACAACCCAACAAAACUGUGCUCACGUCGGACUCCGACGAUUCACCGGAAGAAAAAAAGCCUGCUAGUGCCCCAGCUGCCAAGAAGGGAAAGGGUAAAGUGGACAGUAAUGAUUCUUCUGAUUCAUCAUCAAGCGACGAGAGCUCGUCAGACGAGGUCGGCGACAAGGAUGUAGAGAUGCAGGAUGUCCAACCUGCCAAGGACAAAAAGGCAGAUAAGACCAAGGCAGCAAAAUCAACCGCCUCGCCAGCAAAAAAAGUCAAAUUGCCAACGUCAUCCAAGGACAUUUUGGCUAAGGCUGGAGCACUCAAAGCAUCGAUUGCAAAAGAUUCCGAAUCAAGCGACGACUCGGACUCCUCUUCCGAGGAUGGACAACCUAAAAAGCCUGCACCCGCCUCAGACUCCGAUGACUCAUCGGAAGAUGAAAAGCCCGCCAGCGCCCCAGCCAGCAAAAAGGGGAAGGGUAAAGACAGUGGUUCUUCGUCCGAUUCUUCCUCGAGCGACGAGGGCUCUUCGGAUGAGGAUGGGGACAAGGGUGUCGAGGCACAAAAUGUUCAGCCUGCCAAGGGCACCAAGCGCAAAGCAGAAGCAGAACCCUCCGUUCCCCCCAAAAAGGUAAAAUUGGUCGAUGGUGAUGCAGCUCCUAGCGCAUCGACUGAGGAAACGAAAAGUAUUUUCGUCGGUCGACUAUCAUGGAAUGUCGACAACGACUGGCUUGCACAGGAAUUUGCCUCCUGCGGCGAAGUUGUCUCUGCUCAAGUACAAACGGAUCGGGCGACUGGCAAGUCACGCGGUUUUGGCUAUGUUCACUUCACAUCCGCAGAUGCGGUUGAAAAGGCUCUCGAAAUGAACGGCAAGGAGAUUGACGGACGAGCUGUCAAUAUUGACAAAAGCACGCCGCCAGAUAAAAGCGCUGUCCGUGAUAACCGGGCAAAGUCUUUUGGCGACACGCAGAGCCCUCCAUCGAGCGUUCUCUUUGUUGGGAAUCUUAGCUUUGGUGUCAGCGAGGAGCAACUUUGGGAAGUCUUUGGCGAGCACGGCGACGUUAAAAGCGUUCGUGUUCCAACGGAUCGUGAUUCGGGCAGGCCGAAAGGCUUUGCCUAUGUCGAAUUUAGUGCUUUGGAGUCCGCACAGACGGCCCACGGGCAGCUGCAGGGUUACGAGCUUGAUGGCCGCAGCCUUCGCUUGGAUUAUUCCCAACCAAGAGACAACUCUGGGGGUGGACGUGGUGGAGGUCGUGGAGGAUUCGGCGACCGAGGUCGCGGACGUGGUGGGUUCGGUGGUGGUGACCGUGGGCGUGGACGUGGUGGGUUCGGCGGUGACCGUGGUGGGAGAGGACGCGGACGAGGCGGUGACCGUGGUGGGAGGGGUGGCGGCAGAGGUCGAGGGGGCGCACGCACUGGAGCCGUCACUCAGUUCGAGGGGUCCAAGAUCACUUUCGAUUAGGCAUGUUGCGAUGCCAUUCGAAGCUCAUAUGCACUGCUACACAUCACUACCCCAAAAAUGAUGACUUGGCACUUUUCUUGUGGCUCAAGUCGUUGCAUAUAUUUCGUAUAUACAAUAUGCACAAUGUUCUAUCACUGCCAACGGUUGACAACUUCAUCUAUCAUAU